AAUUUCAAUGUUGACUAUUCGUGUGGAGGGUUAAGGUUAUGAAAAAAUGUCACACAAUUGUAGAAGAAGAAGAAGGGAAAUAAUUUUGGUUAGGAAUUUUUCUAAAUACAGAUAAGUCAUUUGGUUCUCCAGUAUCAAGUAAAAUCUUGAAGACUGGUGAUGAUCUCCCAUGGCGGAUAACAUAAACAAAAACUCCAUCGGAAAAUCGACUCAAUCAAAAAAUCACAGAAAAACAAAUGAACAUAAUCGUCGUCCUCGACAGCCAAGGAAGCCUGAAAGAGGAGAAAACGUUUUGUAUGUAUGUUCAAAAACCAAUAUCAAGGCACAAUUGGAACGUUGUAACAAACUGAUUAACAACAACGAAAAAGAAAUUAUCAUUCACUGUUUAGGAGCAGCAAUUCAAAGGGGGAUUUUGCUAGCGUUACAAAUAUGUGACGGCAACAUCACCUACCAAAUUCAUACAAAUACCCUCACCACUGAGUUAUUGGAUGACCUAGAGCCAGCAGUCGAUGAUGCAGACUAUGAAAUCCAACGGAGGUUCAACUCUGCACUACGUAUAAGAAUUUUCAAACAGGAUCCUCUAGAAAAACAGGACUGAAAUGUUCUUCACAACAGAGGAACUUGUCAGGUGGCUGGGACUCACUGUGUUUGAAAUAUGGAUAAACCUCAUAUCAAUUCUACUGUUUACUAUAAUAUUUGUAUUCAAAUAUGAUCCUUCUGUGGAUUUGAAUACCAUCGAUUGGUGGUUGAUAUUUUCACCUCUAUUUGCAGGAGAUGCUUUGAACGCUUACUUCUGUAUAAUAAUUUUCAUACGAAUGUUACUAGAAAGAACUAUGAAAUUUUCCCUUCUGAGGGUAAGCUGGUCUGGAACAGUUCUGCUGACAACAUUUUUGUUUAAGUUCCUGUUGUGUAGGAGGCUUCUGGGACAAACAAAUUUGGAUUAUUCAGAAGUAUUCGCUCCCCUGUACAUUCUCCUUCAACUCAUUGCUGUGAGAGCAUGUCAACAGAGUUGACUUUUAAAAGCAGUUCAAAUAUGAGAAACCUAUAUUUCAUCUUGAUUUCACAAAUUCAGUUUUCCUUAAAAUAAUCUGAAACAGAUUUUUCAGCCUCCUUGCGAUUCACCAUUUUAUUUACUUUCGCUUGGAAUUUAUUUCCUUUUCCUGCUCCCUUUCCAUCCAACAGGUUACAUAUUCUGAAAUAUU